GCAGAUGUAACUCAGCUACGCUCCACGUUUCUGCCUUAGUUUCGUAUCGAGAAACAUGCGAGAAUCACACGCGUGUCCUCAUGGCGAAAGUCGCGUUCGGGUAUUUACGGGAGUGAAUGCGGAAUUUACGUUACGUUGAGGAGUCCUUCGAGACUCUAAAAAAAUUCGAUCCGUCCAAGAAUCCAAUCGGAGGAUCUAAAGGAGGCUAAAUAGAAAAUGCCUCGUACGCAAACGGAAGUGUUCGACGUGAUAGAAGUGGAGAAACCAUCGAGGUGCAUCAAGUUUCUUCGACUAUUGUGGAAAUUCAGCAGAUGCGUCUUCUCUCACGUGACGCUAAUCUCUUUGGUGGUUGCUUAUUGUCUAAUCGGCGCGAAAGCCUUCGAGUCGCUGGAGGCGAAUCACGAGAGGGAGGUGAAGAAGAGUAUCAAGAAUAUACGAGGAAACGUUUCGGAAAAGUUAUGGGAAAUUACGAAGCAUUUCGAUGUGUUGAUUCGUGAAAAUUGGACGGAGCAAGCGUUAAACGAGUUAAGGAAUUUCGAGAAUUGCCUCCUGGACAAAAUGGCGAAGGAAGGCUGGGACGGUAGCGAGGAAGAGGAUAAUAUUCAAUGGACAUUCGCUGGCGCUCUAUUCUAUUCCAUCAUCGUCAUCACGACAAUUGGAUAUGGUCACAUUGCGCCAAAAACGAAAAAUGGCAAAGUAGUAACAAUUUUUUACGCCAUUCUAGGCAUUCCGCUCAUGUUACUUUGCCUAUCAAAUAUUGGAGAUGUGAUGGCGUCGAGUUUUAGGUUUCUAUAUUGGAAAGUAUGUUGUUACGUAUGUACAAAACCACCCAAAAAACGACGAGGGCGUAAUAAUCUUGUUCGAUCAUAUUCCGUUCGUCAACCAGGGCGAUAUGGAUCGAGCAGAGGCCCGUUUCGCCGAUCCAUUAGAGUGAGUCAACGAUCAGCUGAUUCGGCGUUGGGACUUUCCGAGAGUAUGACAAAAUCUUCGUAUUCCGACACUGACUGCAGAUACAUGUCUCGACGAUUAGAAGGAGGUGACUCAAAGGCGAUCGCUUACGCAUCUUCUAACCAUCCGAUGGAAGUCAAAGCUGCGACUAUGCCACGUUACUCGGAUAUUCCAGUGGCCACUCCGAGAAGCGUAAGAGCCAGUCCCAGAAUAACGACACAGUCGCUGGACAGAAAAUUACUGAUGAAUCCAAAUGAAGCGGAUCGCUCACCGGUUUUGUGCAACAAAUACGCGUUGGAUGAUUUGGAAGAUGAAACGUCGAGAUGGCGGCAAUCGACUCAAAAUAAGCUUGAGAAUUCGGAGAAACUGCAAAGCAACGGAACGGCCGAAGAGUUAGAUAGCGUUGAAAAGCGAGCUUCCUUUAAUCCCAGAUCUUUGCCGAGGAGAUGUCUUUCCGUAGAAGGAGCCACGACGAAUGUUCACAGAACAAAUUCGUCGGCGGGGCUUCGACCAGCUUCGAUCUAUUUGGAAAUGGAAUAUAUGAAAAGAUCGCAGUCCACCAAAAGUAGACGUACCAGGAGCAAUUAUUCUGUCGCGCGUUCCUACAAACGGGGACCGCCGCCGCCAUCGCCGAGAAUUAUGUCACCGAUGGGAUUUGCCGUGCAUCGACAGGUUUACGCUGACGAUAUUGAUUUUGACUAUGAUUACUAUACCGUUGCGGAUGAUCAGGAAAGACGACCGACCAAGCCUGUACCUAUCUGGCUGUGCGUCUUUCUGGUCGUCAGUUACAUACUCGGCGGCGCUUUUCUCUUCAGCGAGUGGGAGAAUUGGCCAUUCCUCGAUUCGGCUUACUUCUGCUUCAUCACGUUGACCACCAUCGGCUUUGGCGAUUUUGUACCGGAGUACAAGUUGGAUGCGCAAAAGGGCAUCGCUCUUUGUUCUCUCUAUCUGCUAUUUGGAAUUGCCUUGCUGGCAAUGAGCUUUAAUCUGGUGCAAGAGGAGGUCAUCAACAACGUGAAGAGCGUCGCGAAGAGACUGGGUAUCAUCAAAGAAGCCGACGACGAGGAGGAAGAGGAAGAGGCCGAGGACUACGACGAAUACAACGCCGAGUACGAAGAUGAGGUCUACGAAAACGAGCCCAAGCUCUGAUCUCCCGGUUUUCAGCUUACCAUUCGACGAGAGUUAUCCGUCUUCGUGUACAUGGCACAAGAUCCAGGGGAUUUCUCGAUUCACAUUUCAUAUGCCGACUCACAGUCGGCAUAUGAGUCAGUUUCGCAACGAAUCUACAUGUCGCAUCGUGAAUCGAAUUCUCGAUCGAUUAAUUUGACUCUUUUCGCGCGAGUCUUGUCUUGAGAAUAAAUCGAUGUACAAACGUAUCAAGUUGGAUUAAUUUAGAAACUAUAACUAUAAUUUAUUCCAAUUAUCUCUUCUUCAAUUCACCUUAAUUUCUUUUUUCAAUUGAGAAUGUUAUUAAAAUUUUAAUUUCUUUUAACAGCUUUAAUAGCAAAGACCUUUGAACUUGAAGCAAGUUUUUCAUAUUUUGUUAUUACACAUUUCAAUAUCUGACACAAUGCUGAGAAGUACACUAUUACUAAGAGAAUUAUUAUUAUCAAUUGUUGAAAUAAUGGUGAUGAGAGAAACUAUGGUUCGCGAACGACGCGAGGAAAAUGUUGUACAAUAUUGCCAUGUACGUAUAUAUACAAAUCUGAGAAUUAGUUUCUAUAAAAUGAAUAGGAGAACAAUUGCGGAAUGCAAUUAAAUUUGCAUACACUUUGCAUAUUGGUAGUCUUAAUAUUUAGUCGACAUUUGCAUUUUGAAUAUUUUCUCUUUACAUUUCACCCAAUAGUCAGUUCGCAAUGAGUUUUACGUUAUUAGAAAUAUUUUAGAUAAUUAUUAUAUGAAUGUUCAUUAUACAUAAUAACUAAUAUAAAAUUAUAUUAUGUAAUAUGAAAAAAGAAUGUUCUAGAUGUACUAUUUUUACCAAAAUGUUUGAUAAAAACUGUAACUCGUA